AUGGCGUAUGGAAGAUUCUCGGUUAAAGAGGAUUACCUGGCCGAAUACGACAUGGAAAUUGUUUCCACGGCGUGGCAAGCAUUGGGCCACAACAUGGUGGCCAAUUUAUGCACUCCAGUUGUCAUUUGCAGCGGAAACAUCGCCACUCCAAGCAGUGAUGUAAUCGGAAAUUCUCAGAAUCUGCCGUCACCAGUGGAGUAUGAAAUCUGCGGGGAAUGUGGAAUGCGAAUACCCGAACACUGUUUAGGGUGUCAAAUGUUCACCGGCGGUGGUGGAGAAGAGAUGGAAAAAGGAACGAAGAAGAAGGUUUACAGAGGAGUUCGUCUCCGGCCGUCCAGGAAAUGGGCGGCGGAGAUAAUGGUUCCCGGGACGCAUGAGCGGAAGUGGCUGGGGACUUUUCAGACUGCAGAAGAAGCCGCCAGAGCUUACGACGUCGCCAACAUUCAUUACAGAGGAAACAAGGCCAAGACCAAUUUUCCUGUGGAGGAGUACCCAGAAAACCCCAACGUAUAA